ACACACCAUUUUCAGUCGCUUUUCCAACCUUUUUUAUAAUCAUGUAAUAUCUGACGAGGAAGAAUCAUUUCGAAAAAUUAGUUAAUUAAUUGUAUUAAUUCAGGCUCCAAUUAUGAUUAAUUUGGUGAUUCAACUUCCGAUUUCUCAUUUAUUUGAGGAUCAAGGAAUUAGGGCAGACAUUCGGUGAUUAUCUUAUAUGAGAAGGGAACAGCUGCACCCCGAAAUCCCGCGUUUUUUUCAGAGUGAAUUGUGUGACAGAGAGGAUACAGAUUGAUUGAUUAAUUUUUUUAAUCCUGUGAUUGCGUGUUUCUCCGAAUUCCCGAUUCGGAGGUUGUAUGUAUAAAGGUUCGUUUUUUCAUUGCUCUGUUUUAUGUGAGGGAUUGAUUGAUCGUGGAUUCCUUUUAGUUAUUGUGAUUGUUGUAGCUGUGGAAUAUGUGUGGGUGGAGUUUGAAGUUUGGGUUAGCCUGUGGGUGGAGUAUGAAGUUUAGGGCUAUUAGAUAUUGAUCAACGAAAAUUCGAUUAUGGGAUUUAAGUUUUGUGCAGAAUUUUGACUGGAUCAAGUUUGUUGCAGCUGUUUUAGUCAUUGAAUUUGAGUGUUAUGAGCUGAAGAAAGCAUUUAGGUUUGGCGAUUUUGGGGUUGGGAAUGGAUGUUUGAGUUGGAAAGAAAUGAGUAUGUCACGAUGAGAGGGGAUGGAGGGUUGUUGAGUCGAUGGAUGAGCCUGAUAGGACAUUUUCUGCUCUGGUAGGCUUAUUUAAAUCUUGGAUGUCAUGGUGGUCGGAACCGGUACAUGUGUCGAGGGAUUUCUGGAUGCCCGACCAGAGUUGCAGGGUGUGCUACGAGUGUGAUUCACAGUUUAACUUGAUUAACCGGAGACAUCAUUGUCGUCUCUGUGGCCGGAUUUUCUGUGCCAAGUGUACUUCAAAUCGGCUUCAUAGUGGACAUAGUGGGCCAAAGAUUUCAGCAGAAGACUGGGAUAGGAUUAGGGUCUGCAACUACUGUUUCAAGCAAAGGGAGAAAGAGCAAUGGGGAAAAGAGUUGAUUGUGGCAGCUGAUGAUGGGCGGCAGGUGGAUCUGCCCAUCGCCAUCUGUACUUCUCCAUCAUCAGCCAGUUUCCUUAGCACCAGAUCAAGUGGCACCUGUGGUAGCAGUAGCACUACAUUUCUGUCAGUGUCACAGUCGCCUGCACCCAGCCCGAUGCAAUCACCGUCGACUGAAGCAGAUUUAGAUAGGCAGAAUGCCGGAGCACCAAAGAUCAAUGAUGCUGAUGUGGUCUCGGAGGAGCGAAACCUGUGUGAAGACCAAUUUGAUUAUUUUCGAAACAGGAGUGAUGACGACGAUGAUGAUGAAUAUGGAAUAUCUCAAUUAGAUCCCAUAGCUAGUGACUUCUCCCAGGUUAAUGGCUACUAUGGUCCUGUUAAAUUUGAGGACAUCAACAGUGAUUACAACUCACGUAAAGUUCAUCCUGAUGGAGAUGUGGUUGAUUCAAAAAGUACGACCAGCUUCCCGUGGCCAUAUAUUAAUUCUGAAAACACUGAAGAAUCACAGCAGAUUGCCGAGAAAGAUGCUGAGCACGACUUUGGUGACGAAUGUGAGGCACCUUCUUCUAUAUAUGUGGCAGAAGACGUCAAUACCGAACCUGUAGAUUUUGAAAACAAUGGAGUUUUGUGGCUCCCUCCCGAUCCUGAGGACGAAGAAGAUGAAAGGGAAGCACUUUCAUUCGAGGACGACGGUGAUGGGGAUGCUGCAGGAGAAUGGGGAUAUCUGAACAAUUCAAACAGCUCUGGGAGCGGGGAGUUUCGUAGUCGGGAAAAAUCAAAUGAGGAGCAUAAGAGAGUCAUGAAGAGUGUGGUCGAAGGCCAUUUUCGGGCUUUAGUAGCUCAACUCUUGCAGGUAGACAAUCUUCUUUCAGAGGAUGAAAAUGACAAAGAGAGCUGGUUGGAAAUAAUCAUUGCCUUGUCAUGGGAGGCUGCCACGUUGUUAAAACCAGAUAUGAGCCAGGGGGGGCAAAUGGAUCCCGGAGGAUAUGUCAAAGUAAAAUGUUUAGCUUCAGGGCUUCGAAGCGAGAGUUUGGUGGUCAGAGGGGUUGUUUGCAAGAAAAAUGUGGCUCAUCGACGGAUGACAUCAAGAGUAGAGAAACCUCGCUUACUGAUCCUCGGAGGGGCUCUUGAGUACCAGCGGGUUUCUAAUGCUCUUUCUAGCUUUGAUACGCUGUUACAACAGGAAAUGGAUCAUCUGAAGAUGGCCGUUGCAAAGAUAAGUGUGCACACUCCCAAUAUUCUCCUUGUUGAGAAAUCUGUUUCGCGCUACGCACAAGAGUACCUUCUUGCAAAAGAAAUAUCACUUGUUCUAAAUAUUAAAAGACCACUUCUGGAGCGUAUAGCCCGUUGCACUGGUGCUCAAAUCGUUCCUUCUAUUGAUCACCUAUCAUCAGAGAAGGUGGGAUAUUGUGAUAUGUUCAACGUAAUGAAGUUUACGGAAGAGCAUGGUAGUGCUGGUCAGGCUGGAAAGAAGCUGGUGAAGACUCUGAUGUAUUUCGAAGGUUGCCCAAAGCCACAAGGAUGCACUAUAAUACUUCGAGGCGCCAGUGGGGAUGAAUUGAAGAAAGUGAAGCAUGUCGUACAGUAUGGAGUUUUUGCGGCUUAUCACUUGGCUCUGGAGACGUCUUUUCUUGCUGACGAAGGUGCUUCCUUGCCUGCACUUCCGUUGAACUCUCCUAUCAAGGUGGCACUACCAGAUAAGCAAUCGACAAUUGACCGAUCAAUCUCAACUGUACCUGGUUUUUCAGUUCCGUCUGGGGAUAAGUCUCCCGUACCACAAUCUGUUGGUGAUCCACCGAGGUCGAGCGAUUUACCCCCUUCAGAUCUAAUCAGGGAAACAAUUGCAUCGGUUCACGAAUAUUCAGACACACAUAAUCUCCCUGCUUCUUUGAGCUCUCAGUAUGGCGAGCCUCCUAUAUCAUCUUCUGCUGAAGAAAAAGCUAUUCUAGACUUGGGCUUGUCCACCGAGGCAAACCCUAGUGAAUUAGACGAACCUGCUGGCGCGGCUGUUGAUAUCCACUCCUCUAAUCAUUUUGGAGAUUCACAUGUCAAAAUUAUGGAAAGUGAUGACUAUAACAUAGAUACUAUGAGCAAAAUUUCAAAUCUGGCAUCUUUGCAAACGGAUGGUCUAAAAAUUCCUGAUGAACAAUCUUCUUUGAAAGAAGAAUUUCCACCCUCUCCCUCAGACCAUCAAAGCAUCUUAGUCUCGUUGUCAUCGAGAUGUGUAUGGAAGGGAACUGUCUGUGAAAGAUCACAUUUGUUCCGGAUCAAAUAUUAUGGCAGCUUUGACAAGCCACUAGGCCGUUUUCUACGCGAUCAUUUGUUUGAUAAGAGUUUUGUAUGCCGCUCAUGUGAGAUGGCUGCCGAGGCUCAUGUUCAGUGCUACACUCAUCGACAAGGCACUCUGACAAUUUCAGUGAAGAAACUCCCUGAAAUUAUUUUACCUGGUGAACGGGAUGGUAAGAUUUGGAUGUGGCACCGUUGCUUGAGAUGUCCUAGGGCUAAUGGAUAUCCACCUGCAACUAGACGGGUUCUGAUGUCAGAUGCUGCAUGGGGGUUGUCCUUUGGAAAGUUCUUGGAGCUAAGCUUUUCGAACCAUGCAGCUGCGAGUAGAGUGGCGAGCUGUGGCCAUUCUUUGCAUAGAGACUGUCUUCGGUUUUACGGGUUCGGACAGAUGGUUGCUUGCUUUCGUUAUGCAUCGAUUGAUGUUCACUCGGUGUACCUACCUCCCUCAAAACUUGAUUUCAACUACAAAAAUCAAGAGUGGAUAGAAAAAGAAAUAAAUGAGGUGGUUGGGCGAGCUGAACUUCUGUUCUCCGAGGUGCUCAAUGCUCUUCGCCUCUUGGCAGAAAGAAAAUGUGGUGUAGGUGCGGUGAAUAGUGUCACGAAUGAUCAUGAAUCUAGGCACCUGAUUAUAGAUCUAGAAGGGCUCUUGCAGAAGGAGAAGUCAAUAUUUGAGGAAAUGCUCCGGAAAAUCUUGAGAAAGGAGGCAACAAUAGGGCAACCACUCGUUGAUAUUCUUGAGCUCAAUCAGCUGCGCAGAGAGCUAAUCUUCCAGUCUUAUGUGUGGGACCGGCGCCUGAUAUAUGCAGCUAGCCUAGAUUCCAAUAGCAAACCGAACAAGGUGGAGGUCUCCACUUCUGUGGCUGUUCAGAAAUCUCUCGGUGACACUGAAAGAAUUCUCGAUGUAAAUGUCCCAGUUCCGACCAGUAAAACUUUAAGCAGUUCCGAUUCAACUGCUGUUGAUGCAAAGCUCAAAGAAAAUCCUGAUCAUGGCCAAAUCGGUCUGCUCAACAAUCACCUUGAGGUGGUUCCACAAAGAACUGAUUCAUCCUCGAAUCUCGAUCAUGGAAAGCAGAAUCCGCUUGAACUCUCUCAUGAAGUAAGGUUCACUGAUUUAACGGAUCCUCUGGCUUCGAGUGUUAACGAACAUAGAGCUCACUUAGAUGGUCAAAGUCCUAUAUCUCUGUCGGAUACUCUUGAUGCUGCGUGGACUGGUGAGAGUCAUCCAGGUAUAGAUGUCCCUAAAAAGUGCAGUGUGUCGGAAUUAGCUGAAGUUGAUAUUUCAUCUGCUGUCAAAGGAGUUGACAAGUUGGAUACAGAGUACGAGAGAGAGGACUCGGCUUCCGGCUCGUCUACCAAAAGUUCUGGUGAUGUGGAUGACGCUGAAAGCUGGCUGACCACUCCGUUUUCUAUCUACUACCGGUCACCAAGCAAGAAUUCCUCAUGGCCGGACCUGAAGCUGGACGCGUUGGGUGGAUAUAAUCCAGUGUACAUUUCCUUGUUCCAGGACCCUGAACUCCAAGGUGAGGCCAUGUUACUUCUCCCGAUGGGGAUUAAUGAGACUGUCAUCCCAGUGUAUGAUGAUGAGCCAACAAGUGUUAUAUCCCACGCCCUCGUUUCUCAUGAAUACUUUGCCCAAAUCUCUGAUGAGCCCGAGAAACCCAGGGACACUGCAGAACCGAUGUUUUCAAUGCACUCCCUUGAUGUCGGUGCCUUUCCGUCGUUAUCAUCUUUGGACGAGGUGAUGUUGGAAUCGUACAGAAGUGUUGGCUCGGGAGACGAGAGCAUGCUGUCAAGCUUCCGUAGUUCCUUGAAUUCGGACCCAGUCUCGUAUACAAAUGCUUUGCACGCCAGAGUGUCGUUUACAGAUGAUGGACCCCUUGGGAAGAUUAAAUACACGGUCACCUGUUACUAUGCAAAACGUUUCGAUGCACUGAGGAGGAUAAGUUGCCCAUCGGAGGUGGAUUUUGUCAGAUCCCUCAGCCGUUGCAAGAAGUGGGGCGCCCAAGGUGGGAAGAGCAACGUCUUCUUUGCAAAAACUUUGGAUGAUCGGUGUAUCAUCAAGCAAGUGACGAAGACUGAGCUGGAGUCGUUCAUCAAGUUCGCCCCGGGCUACUUCAAAUACAUGUCUGAAUCAAUUGGGACAGGAAGCCCUACCUGCCUGGCAAAGAUCCUCGGUAUCUAUCAGGUAUCUUCAAAACAUCUUAAAGGAGGGAAAGAAACCAAAAUGGAUGUGCUGGUGAUGGAGAAUCUGCUAUUCGGAAGAAACGUGACGCGUCUCUAUGAUCUCAAAGGUUCAUCCAGGUCGCGAUACAAUCCAGAUUCUUCCGGAAGCAAUAAGGUGUUGUUGGAUCAGAACUUGAUCGAAGCAAUGCCCACUUCUCCCAUAUUUGUCGGAAACAAGGCCAAACGAGUACUAGAAAGAGCGGUGUGGAACGACACUGCUUUUCUCGCUUCUAUAGAUGUGAUGGACUACUCACUACUAGUCGGGGUUGAUGAAGAGAAGCACGAGCUUGUCCUUGGAAUCAUCGACUUCAUGAGACAGUACACGUGGGACAAGCAUCUCGAGACAUGGGUGAAGGCAUCGGGCAUUCUGGGCGGGCCCAAGAACGCCUCACCAACCGUGAUUUCUCCGAAGCAGUACAAGAGGAGAUUCAGGAAGGCUAUGACGACGUAUUUCCUGAUGGUCCCGGACCAAUGGUCACCUUCUAUGAUCGUUCGUAGCCAGUCGCAGACGGAGACGCCAGAAGAGAACUCACAGUCACAGAAUGCUGCACAUAUUAGUAUGCCAUCUGCUGAGUGAAGAAACCUCGUUUGCUUGUAUAUUUUGAAGCUCACUUCUUCAUUCUAUUUUUUUUGUAUAUCUAUUCUUCUGUAAGAAAUGGCCAUUUGAAUCUUAUUUUAUAGGUAGAUUCAUUAUUUUUUUAGGGAAAAAUAUAUUAAAGUCCCUCUUCCUUGUACACAUUUUUAUUGUGUUGCUCUUGUUUUCUCCCAUGAAUUGGAAGAAUUUGAAGUUGUGGAAUAUAUAAUAUAUCGAUGAAGUUUUGCA